AUGCCUCUGACUCAGACAGAAAUAUCAAGGAGACAUAAUGAGAAACUAAAAAAAACGAAUCCUGAAAAAUAUUUAGACAUGGAAAAGAAAAUUAAAUCAAGAGCAAUUAAAGCUUACCAAAAUAAUAAGAGAUAUUUUUUGAUCGUACGAUGCAAAAAAAGAAAGGAAGGUUGUCACAGAACAAAAACUGUCCACACAAUCCAGUUUACAUCCAAUGAACAACCUGCCCAUACACAGCAUCAGCAUAAUAUGCAGAAGACCGGUCAAAUGAAAAAAAUCAGGAAACUCAAAACAUCUUGGCUGCACAAGUCGCAGAAAGACCUGAACAAAAUGAGACAAAAAGUAGAAGCAAUCCAUAUU